AUGGCUGCUAGCUAUGGGAUCCCGGGAGGCUGCACACGCACUAUGUACUUGCCGCCGCUUGGGCAAUGUCGCCGCGCCGAGCCCUGGCCCGUGGAUCUACAACCUCCCGCUAACGCCCGAAACGGGAAAGGCGGUGGAAAAAUGGAAGACGCCUGGAAUCACUUUAUUCUCCGAGGUGUUGGCUUGGCAUCCGGCCGUGGCCCAGUGCACAGCCUGUUCACCUCCGCCCUCAAGAGAGCCGGAGAGUCUCGCAUGUGGCCAUUCAUGUAUCCACCCGCUCGAACGGAUCUCCAGAACCCUCAGAGGAUGAUAUGUGCCACUGGCAAUCGCCGGGCCCUUAUCAGAGGCCGCUCUCAUUCGACGGUGCCGCUUUUUUCCCCAAAACCCCGGAGAUAA